AUGGAUACACGAGAAUUUGUCACCAAGGACGAACUUUGGCGCAUCCAAGAGACACUGAAUGACCUGUCUGCAACUCAAGCUGUCCAUUCAGAUCGAAUCAUGCGCCUAGAGUCCAAGACCCCGGACGGCAGUCGGCCUAGAAGCCUUUGGGGUUCGACUUCACCUUUUCCUUUGGGGUCUUCACAUCACGAUUCGUCGCUCAAUCCUGCGGCUGAGGCCUUCCGCAACUUCGACGCCGACCCCAUGAUCAGUUCCCUGACACUGGACACGACCGACGACCCCAGAAGAGCAGCCGCGUCGAGAGCCAACUCUGUCCGGUUUGACGAGAGCGCAAACAACCACUAUGGAUCCUCAAGACAGUCCAUAGAACUCCCUACGCGGACAGGAAGUGGGCUUGGUGGCCACGCACUCUCUGAAAGAUCGCUGUCGCACCGUUCUGACGGCAGACCGACGGCUACCGGGUUUGGUCGGACGAACAGCUUCGGGCUUGAGCAGAGUCGCCUACUUGGUUCCAUACACAACUCGCCCCGAGUUUCGGGCAACCCUCCGCCGGGAUUCUUCGUCUUGGGCCCUUGUCCGGCCAUCAUUCGCUGUUGGCUGACUCAAUCGUUCUCCAACAGCUCACUUCUGUAUGCUGCUGUCUGUACGGGAUCCACCAUUUCUUCAAUUGGCUAUCCACUCCUCUGCAAACUCGGUUUGACGAAUUCAAUAACCGAUGACGGAGAGUAUCGUACAGUCCGCCUGCCCGUGUAUUUAACCGAAGCCAAGAUCCACUCCUCUGCCGCUGUGAGAUCAGGAAGCCCGGCCCCGGCCAUACCUACUUUGAUGGUCAAAUUUGUUGUCGACGACCAGCUGGCUUCAGACCCUUCGAUUCAGGUUAUCGUGGGCAGUGACGUCUUGAGAUCGCAUAAUGCUGAUAUCCUGUUUUCUCAGGACAAGAUGAUGAUCUUCGACGAAGAUCGGAAUCAACUCUCUAUUCCACUCUGCCGACCAGAAGAUGACGCUUCUUUUAAGCAUCUGUGCACGAGCUCUCGUCCUCAUGCAUCCUCAGUAGAUGCGGUUCUGCCACCUCCAGCUUCCCCAGUGGGAGUCAUUGGCCGGCCCGAAAGAGUGCGUCCGCCGCAAACCAUUGUUUCGCCUACAGCUGCUCCUACUAGUGCUACUACAUCCGAACAUGAAGAUGGUCGUCGAACAGAGCAGUCUACCAGAUCCAGCCUGGAUCUGGGCCCGUCUAAACCAGCUGAUGACUCGAAGUCGACCACUGGAAGCGAGAAAUCUUUUACGGCGCCCAUGUCCAAGUCCGGAGUGUGGUCUAACUCGUGGCGAUCUGUGUCAUCUACUGCCCUGAAUGAGGCGGGCUCGAAACAGCCUUCAUCUACCUAUGCAAGACCUCAAACGCAAAGAACCAUGAAGAUCCUGCGGCCGGGAAAGACGAUGGCCAAUGCGUCCAGAAAUGCUUCUUCCUCCUCAGCCACGAUCCCCAAUGGUGCAGAGACGUCACCGUCCAGGACGGGAGAAGCUGCGAAGGUGCUUGAUUCAGCAGGGGAGUCAAAGGCUCCGCUGCCCACCCCAACUACAAAGUCUAAUCCAAUUGGCUCGGGCACUGCGUUCGGAUGGCUGAACACUGGGCCGCAACGUAGGACGACGGCGAACAGCUGA